AUGGAGUUCAUCGACUGGGAAUCCGAAGGUCUCAACGAAAAUUUUGUUGGUGGAUUGAGUGUAAGCCAUGGCUAAUAUUUAUUUUAUUUUUCCCCCAAUCCUUUCAACAUUUUCUGGUAAACUUAUCCGUUGGCCUUGAUUCCAGGCUUGGAAACAGUUUUUCUUCCAAGGAACGGAUGAUGGUUUGGAGCAGAACAAGUUGAAGACAAUUGGUCGUUUCGCCGGCAUCCUCACCAAUUUCUACAUGAUCUCAAGGGGAAUUGUUCCAUUCGAAAUUGCUCGAGUGGGUCGUUAUCCGAACAAAGUCUCCUUCUUCGGAAUUGUGGAGCAAAAAUUGAGUAAAUUGAACGAUCCGCGAAACCGGGCGAUCAUGAAGAAGAUCAGAGAAAUCACCGAACUCAUAAAAGAGGGGAAGGUAAGGGUUAUUUUACCUGUUCUUAAGCCCCCGAUAACCCUGUAUUCUUUCUUUUAUCAGCAUCAUUAUGGGUAUGUUGCGUCAGGCGACGUAACUAUUGACAAUUUCUAUUUUUUGAAUUCAGGUUGAGAUCUACCAAAUGAUACUGCACAGUGCGGAUGACAUGGGGGAUAGCAGGAAGGCUGUGGAAGAGUUGUCAAUCUCAUUGAAGACUUCAGAAGGAGAUAAUGUAAAAUUGACGUAAGGGUUAUUGUUUCUUACAAUUAUUUUGGGUUUAGUUUUGGAGAUCUAGAAUAUGAUGUUGAUUUUAAGUCCGUUGGAUUCGAUGAAUUUAUUCGGACAUUCUUCCGAAUUUUGUGCAAGAUCCAAGGGUACUGUUCAUCACUUCCAAGGUUGUCCAAGAAGCAUGCUCUGUACUUUAAGGCCACCUUGUUCGAGGCGAUACCUCAGCCAAACUUUGGGCUUUUAACUGCUGAGGAUGUAAAGUUUGAUUAUUCCGGACUUUCUAAUGAAAUUCUUGACGAAACUUGCUUGUACAGGCAUAGAAAAGACGAAAAAAGACUGGCGUAAGUGUUAGUUUUUGAUUUUUUUUGGCUAUUCUUAUAUUAUAUUACAUAAGAAGUUGUAUUACUUUAGAUCUGCCACGUUGUUCCGCCAUAAACCUGUGGAACCUUCACGUUUAACCGAAUGUGUCCAAGAUUAUUUGAACGAAAUAGUAGAAGAAGAAAAGGUAUGCAACCGGAGAAUCAUUUGUAUUACGUUACACGCAUUUCAGGACAAAAAUCCUGAAAAUCAUCAGAUUCCAAUCGAAGAAACGUCGCUUUUCCGAGAUGUCAGUGUAAGUGGCGUCUUGGAGGUGCUACUUCUUACAUUUAAAAAAAUCUGUAAAAAAUUUUCAGAUUCGUCAAUCGCUUCCAAAGUCCGGUUCUGCCAGGAAAAGAGGACGUCAGCAGAAGGUAUCAUCUCCUCUCGAAGUCGAGUCUGUUAGGGUAAGUUCGUUUAUUACUUCAAGUUUUAAUUUUUAGGCCGAUGACGCGCAAAUUGGAGAUGAUGGUUACGAUGAGCGCCCGAUUCCUCGAAGAGAUUCGUUGGAAGAGGUUGAGGUGAGGGAGUAAUCCGGGAAUGCAUUUUAUAUGUUAUUACCUGAAAUUUUUUCAUUUUAUAAAUUGUUGCUAAAUGUUCCGACUUUACGAGAAAGUAUUGGUUUACUUCUAAAAAGAAACGUAGAUGAUGUUUUUAGGCUCUGCUCGGAACAACCCAACAAAUAAACAAUUUAACCGUCGAGGAUCGGCCAAUGAAUGUGGAAAAUUCGAAGCUCGAUGAUACCGAUGCAGAACUUCAGGAUAUUAUGGAUUCUCUCAGCAAAUCCCAAAGGUUCCCGAAGAAAGAUGUACAAAAACGCAAAAAAGGUAGCCGUGGAAGAAAAAGAAAGUGA